UUGGUGGCGAAUUCAUUUCACCAGACGCCGCCUCUUUUGAAACAGGCUACGUUUUGGCAUUUCAAUUGUCUUAUUUUAUACUACAAGUUUUUUUUUUAUCUUAAUUCUUUUUUUGAUUAAAUAAAUAAAAAUGGUGAACACCCGAAUGAUGGUGAACCGCUGCAUGGAACUCCUUCGGGCGAGGAUCGAGUGCGCCUUAACGCGUCACAUCCCCAGACGGUAUCCGAAUGCACGAAAUCUGGAUCGGGUGUACAGUCAUUACAGGCCCGAACAGCAGGUGGUCAGGGAGCGGGAGAAGGCGGACAUCUACAAGAAGAACAAGCGACGCUCCAUGUGGGAACAGGACGAGGGUCAGGGCGGACGGAUCCCUGGCAAGGACGAUCAGGAGCGCUUCGAUGACGAGCAGUAUCGCCCAAGUGAGAUGGAGAACCGCAACUACGACUGCACUUGGGUCAAUUUCCCGGAGAGUGUGGCUGCCAGGAAAAGAAGAUUGAAAAAUGUCAUGGAUGUGAUGGAUGUUGAGGCGCCUCCACGUCGCAGAACUCGGGAAGACCGACCCAAUACGGCACAACCCUGUGACGAUGAGGCCCGUGCCUUCAUCAGUCAGUGGGACAGCAAUACAGCCAUGAUCAAUCGCAAUCGAUUUGCCCGGGCUUCCGAAAGCUGUCCGCCACCAAGUGUAUCUCUCCGAAUGUCAAACGCGUAUCGUACACGUAGUCGUCAGUUCUUCUACUAGUCCCAAUCCUAUCUCUACGUAAACCGGAAACACUUUAGAAAUUCAAACGUUAGUACUUCUUACAAGCCUAAUCAAAUUUUUUGUGUGCAAAGUGUGCGACGUAAAGUUGUCAAAAUUGGAAAAUCAGUCUUAAAAUGUUGUGUGUAAUAGCCCAGAUGAUAUUUCAAUGAUAUAAAUAAUAAAUCAAAAUUAUUCAAUUA